CACAGGAAUUAGUGCCGACGACCGAGGGACCUGCAUCUGCAAGCACUGCGACACCGCCAGCGACUCCAGCAGUCGAAAACAAAGCGCUAGUUAUCGAUAAUCCUUGUUGGACGCCUGGGACGCAUUACAAUUUCGCGUUCUGUUGCGACACGGAUGUAUUUGGGGAACGCGGAAAUGCCGAGUGUUGGGAUGAGACAUUCAAUUACAACAUCUGCUGUGUCGAGGAAGCCUGGCUACGAAGGCAAAACAUGACUGAAAAUCCGGCAAUGGCAGGGAGCGGUGGGGGACUCGAAUCAGCGGCAUUUAUACGUCGCCGUGACGUGCUCAAGACCUGCUUGCAGGAUUAUGAGGUACUGCAUCUGUUUCUGUAGUAGGUUCUGUGAAAUGAAAAUCAAAGUUUUUUAAUCCAUCUGUAUUUUGUUGUAUGUGGUAGUGGUACUCGUUCAACAUCAUUCAGCCACUGAGUUGUCUGCUAAAACGAUUCUUGCAGGUGAUGUACACGAAGCUGAUGCAAUGGUCUGGCUUUCGUGAGCAGCCCUUCGGCGACCCAGCUAGUUGCAAAGCCGUCGGUCGACGUUUCUUCUGGGUGAUCUUGAACAGCGUGAUGAUGGGAUUUUGCGCGCCAACGAGCUGCGACC